AUGACAAACAAGUCGGAACCAAAGGCGCUUCUUGAACCUGGAACAUUCCACCUUGUAACGUGGAAAAAUGAAAAACGAAAAGCAGAAAUUCUCGAAAGAAGGAUCCGCGACGACACUUCUAACGAGUAUCUUUACUACGUGCACUAUGAGGGGUUCGACCGGAGGCUUGACGAAUGGGUCACCUCUGAAAGAAUUGGUCGGGCCGUGGCUGCUUCCUCGUUAGGGGCAACUCCAGCAAAACGAGCUGGAAUUGACGAGGAAGCAACCGACGAGGGGGAACUCUCUCGACAGGCUCGUUUUUCAAAGAAGCGAAAACUUAAUGGCGGUGGUUCCGUAAAGGGACCAAAAAAGCAGGAAGAUGCUCUUGAAAAAGAACAUGAGAAAAACACAAAGGUACGAAACAUCGGCGCUGUUGUAUUCGGACUUUACGAAAUUGACACGUGGUACUACUCGCCAUUUCCCGACGAGUACAAGUACCUCGAAAAGGUAUACUUCUGUGAGAGGUGCAUGAAAUACAUGAAGAUGAAAGAGACGUGGGGACGUCACAUGCGCUCUCCAGGUGGGUUGGUUUAUGAAAGCGGUCGAAAUAAGAUAUACGAGGUCGACGGAAAGUUGAAUAAGCUUUACUGUCAGAAUCUUUGUCUUUUGGCAAAGUUCUUUAUCGACCAUAAAACUAUCUAUUACGAUGUCGAAGGGUUUCUUUUCUAUAUCUUAACCGAGGUUGAAAACGGGAACGAGGAGCAUAUCGUUGGAUACUUCUCGAAGGCUUUAUGUAUGAUUAUGAUGAAUUUAAUUGUUGAUGUUCCUAAUUAUCGUAUACAGGAGAAGGUAUCGUAUGAUAACAACAACUUGGCAUGUAUCCUGGUCUUUCCACCCUAUCAAAGGCAAGGUUAUUCACAACUGCUAAUUGAGUUCAGUUAUGAGCUUUCCAAAAAAGAGGGCAAGAUUGGCUCUCCGGAAAAACCCAUUUCUGACUUGGGUAUGAAGGGCUACCGCUCAUACUGGAACAAGACGAUUCUUCGUCUCUUGAAAAAUUACAAAGGUACAUGCAUAGGCUCGGGAUCCUCCUCAUCGUCGACAACACCUCCCGAACGAACAGACAGUAGCGGCGGGAUUGAUACUGACGGUAACGGAAGCACACAGCAGAAAAAUGAUGAGAUAAUCAAGAUCUCGGUCAAUAAGAUCUCCGAGUUGACUGGUAUUCGUCAGGACGACGUUAUUGAAACUCUUCGUGACUUAGGAUUUCUUAAGCAUAGAAAUCCAAAACCUCAUAGGCAAAUAACAACAAUAUCAGCGGCUAGUCACCCAACAAAUAACAUGGCUAACGGAGAUCACCGAUACGAACCUUACUAUCAGGUUCACAAUAAUGACCAGCAGAAAGACCAGCAAUAUCAAUUGCACCGUGACGAGGAGUACACCCAGAAACGUAACCAAAAUCGUUUCAUCUGCAUCACGAGGAGAAUGGUCGAUGACUACAUUCGAAGCCAGGGGGUAAGGCUUGAAAAUCGAGUUUUUGACAUUUGUGGUCUCAAAUGGCUUCCCAACGGAAAGUCUCAUACGAGCAUAUAUCGGAAGGCUCUGGCUGUUGCUAUUAACUUUUUUUUGACGAACAUUUCUCGUAUGUUUAUCGUCCAGGCAAGGUUUUAA